AUGAUUCUCAGGGGAUCUCAAGAAUCUAUCACGCCUAUGGGCCGUGGAGCAUACGACACAACCGGUGUCCCCAAGCCUCCUCCCCCGAAGCCCAGGUAA